AUGACGCUGGACCCUGCUUCCUGCAGGGACGGCCGGUGUCUCGGAGAAACGGUCACCGCCAGCACUGGGGAGCAGGCUCGAGAGACGCGCCACCCCCAGGGUGCCUGGGAGAUCCUUAAGCCUGUGGGAGGUGGAGAGGCCAGGAGCGAGGGCUGGGGGCGGGGAUGGGGGCCAGGGAGCCCCGCACAUCCUGCAGCUGCGGCAGCGCUGGGUGACAGCAGCCCCCAGAGAUCCCGAGGCCAGCACCUGCACGGAGGUGCACACUCCACACUGGCCACGUCGUGGUUGCCCCGGCAACCGCACCGGAAGCGGGUGCUCCUGACGUCAAGUCCCAGGUCCGGAGCUGCCUUGACACUGCUGCGUCACGCGGACGUCAUGCGCCUCCGGUGGCGCCAUCACGUCACCAGGGGAAGGCCCUGCCAGGAGGGGGACGGACGCGGGAAGGGAAAGGCAGCAGGAGUGAAGGAUGAGCCAGGGACGCUGCACUCCAGAGCCGCAGGGUGCCUGCGCUGCGCCUGCUGCCCGCUGCUCACUGCCUGUUAUCUGCAUCCGGCCACUCAGGGGCACGGGGACCCUGCCGGCCUGAACUGCGGGGCCUCGCCUGCGGGAGAGGGGGGCCUGGGAGGCCAGCUCUCUGGGGCUCCCUGCCCUGCUCCCUGGGAGGAGACGCCGCUGCUGAGGGAGAGGAAGCAAGUGCCUUUCCUGCAGCUGCCGGGCACCUGCUGGGGCCUGAGCUCUCCAGCCAGCCACCAGGGGAGCAGCCUCGAAGACUCUGCCCUUUCCAGGUGACUCCCGGGAAGGCCGAGGGGGGACUGUGCUGUCCCUGUCAUCCCUCCCAGACGAGAGGAAAGGACUCCUGCUAGGUAGAAUUCAGAUUUCCGUGCUCGUCUGAGUCGGCCAGCGUGCAGGGUCUGUCUUCCAAACCAGAAGCUUUCAUUUUUCACUUGCUUGCUGUUUGAGAAAAGCCGCAAGGAGUGAGUGGGAAGAGGGAGAGAAGCCUGAUAAACUUUGGAAGCGGGGACAUUUUCUGGGAAGUGACAAGUAGCCUCCGACCUACGGUUCCUGGGCCGGUGGCGGCGGCGUCCUUGGCUUGGACACGCAGAAGGGUCUGGCCCCUGCCGCAUGACCAACACCAGAGACCCCCGGAGCGCCAUGGAUUCGACGCUGGUGCCAUCUGGGUCCGCCACGGGCCCAGCCACCUUCUCCCACGUCUUCGGUCAGC